UGCAUCUCAUCACUGUCGUUCUUCGUCCUUUGCUUUCUCGUUGAAUUUGUUGUGGCUGCUCUCAGGCAUCAAAAUGGCAGUUUAAAGGCGUGUGGCGGCUAUCCUUGCAUUGGCAACAAACUGGCAGUGCAGCGGCAAAUAGCACUGGCAAUUUCCGGCAUAAUGGCGUCUCUCCUGGCAACUCCCCUCACCUUUGCUGCCGUCGACAGCAGUUUGGAACUUCUCGACGUACAAACGUCUCCGCACUCCAUUUUAUUCUCCUGCACGUGGCCAUCGCUGAUCAGCAGCCAUGAUGAUGCUCUCUCAGUUCACCUUGGAGGACGUGGAGGCCCUGUACUUAGGGCCCUCAUUUCUGAUGGCUGACCCAAUGGGGCCCCUUCUGGACCAAGAUGAAGAGGAAGCGCUUUCACCCUCCUCCUCCCUCGAGGGGGAGGUCCCGGCUUCGCCACCCCUCUCCUUGUCCCCCUACUCCACCUUGCUGUCGCCCCCAUCCCCUCCUCUCGGUCACUGCUCGUCCUUCCUGGAUGCCAAGGGGGGAGCCCUCCCCUGGCUGAGUGCCGGCGGCCUGCUCGACCCUCUCGUGGGAGCAGACGAUAGCAAAGAUGAUGCAUUCACUGGCAUAGAAUGGAUGGCGGAGAAAAUCGACCUCAGCGAUUUGGACCUAGAGUCGCUAGUUGACUCGUGUUCGUCUGAGGAGUGUCCCGGUUCUCCCGAGGACCUCCUGGACUCCCUGCACUCACACAUGGAUUUGGACCUGGACACCUUUGACCCUCCUGCUCCCAACGACCACCUUGAGCUGGAGAGGCCCGCCAUCCCACCAGAACCCCCGCUCCUCGCACCACUGGAGGUCUCUAAAGAGGAAGUAGCACCCUCCCACAAGGUGGUUAUGAAGUCCGAGCCCUGCUCCCCACCCCCAUCCCCUCCUGCCUCCACGAUGUGUGAAUUGGGGAGCGAGGUUGACACAAAAUCUCCCCUUGCUGCCAUCAUCCCAGAUCCCAGCGGAAGCCCCAUUGUGGUGGUGGUGCUCUCCAACAAAGACACGCCCCCCCUUGUGUCCCUCCCAGAGCUGCCUGUCAGGUCCCCGCCAACGUUCAGCGACUGCGACAGUGACUCUGGCAUUGAGUCGGUUGCCAGCUCUCCAGCUUUCGUCUCCUCCCCCGCCCCUGAUUCCUCCCGCACAAAACCAUACGCCAAACCUGAGCCCGCCUCUGCCUCCUCCCUUAAGGGCAAGGUGAAGUCUGUGUCAGGUGCCCCCAAGGUGGUGGAGAAGAAGCUCAAGAAGAUGGAGCAGAACAAGACUGCGGCUACGCGCUACCGCCAGAAGAAGCGCGUGGAGCAGGAGCUGCUGGGCGUGGAGCGCGACGAGCUGGAGAAGAAGAAUCGCGAGCUGGCCGAGAAGGCAGAGUCCAUCAGCAGAGAGAUCCAGUAUCUCAAAGACCUGAUGGAGGAGGUCCGCAAGCACCAUCGUGGCAAGAUGAGCUCAGGCGCUACUUAGGAGAAUGCUUUGCCACUGACAAGCGUGCAAGUGUGUGAAACGAGUAAGGGAGGGGCUGAGAGGUGGUCAGGUGACUCAUCUGUUUAAUGCUUUUCUCCCAGUCCGCUGUUCCAUUCCCACAUGUCCUCCGUGUACUUUACCCCCUGCUUCAUAUAGUCCCUCAGUAUAUUAGUCUGUUGCCAUAGCAACCUUCCUCUUCUCAGCUUCAAGUCCAGAAUGGGUCCUCUUGAGUGUUUUGAUGACUUAGUGUGCGUGUGUGUACAUAAGUUUCUUGCUUGAAUGCUAGCUACUUCCUGUCUUUAUUUAAUACAACUUAGUUCAUGAGUGGUGGCCGCUCUAAUGGCUUGUACAAAUGCUCUGCCUCUGCUUUUCUAAUAAACUUAUUCUCUCAAUCACAAA